GCAAGCCAAAAACAAUUGAACUCAGGGGCUUGAUUCGGCCCAUUAACAGCCAGAAUCAAAGGCCAGCAAUUGACUUUGAGCAUGCGGAAACCACCACCAUCACCACCACCAGUUCCCAAUACCCAUUUUUUGUUAUUGAACAGGCACUUGCUCCAAUAGGUUGCCUAUUAAUCGCCCUCCACAUGAACGACAGCACUCCCAUGCCUUCAGCCCGGAGUUAGCCGGCCAAAACAACAACCUGCCGCUACCAUUACCAAACUGAGUAUCGGCUUCUUAUCGUGCUUCUCUCCACCCAUAGAGGCUCGAGGGAGGAGCCGUCAUCAGCCCGCAAGCUGAAAUACACCCCAGCCAGGCACCGCAAGGAUCGUCGUCAGCCCAGCCCCCCUCACUUUGGAGCACGCACUGCUGGAUCCCAGCGCGCUCCACUGGCCCGGGGCCUGUCCGUUGGCGCCGUGCUUCGAUUCUGCCGGUCCUCCGCUAGUCCCCUUGCCCACCACCACCUGACCUCGCGCGGUCUGCAUUGACGCAAUUACUAAGGCCCCCCAAGCCUCCCAUUGCACGCUGCCGAGCCCAUGGAUCCAUCAUCCCAGACGGCGCCCAGUAGCGCCGGCCAGUCGCCGCCAGCAGCUACCGGCCACCGGCGCAGCGCCACUGGCACCAGCAGCUUCCUCUCCAAGCUGCAGGCCCCUUUCUUAAGAUCCUCAUCUGCUGCUGCCAGCCACCCGCCGCUAGACCACAGCAGCCCGGAUGAGGGCGCACUUGCCGACGCAGCCGCCGCCGCCGCCGCCGCUGCUGCUGCUGCUGCUUCUUCCUCCCGGCCAUACAGCUCCAUCGCCAUCGCGCUGCAGCAGCAGAAGACGCGCCGUAGGAGGGGUUCGCUCCGCAAGGUCGCCCUGCUAGGACGCCGAGCUCAGCACGAGCGCCGCGAGUCCGCCGGCGCUCUCGAAUUUGAGCCGCAGCACGACGACCGGGCGUUGCCGCCCGUUUCUACUACGAGGAAGGACGGCUCGUCCAAAGCGGCGCCUCUGCCGUCGUCAUCUUCUUCGCCAUCACCAUCCUCGUCGUCCUCUUCCCUACCAUCCCUGACGCUGUCAACAUCAGACGCCCAGGAAGCCGAUGUGGACCUGGACGGGACGGGCAUCUCAGAUGACACCCCCCGCCCGUCCACCGACGGCGCCACUAUAAGGAUACCGACCAGCCCCGGGAUCGAAGAAGCGGGGGCAUCGGAUUCGGUCCCGACGCCGCAAAGCCCGGGACAUAGCGACGUUCCGCCAAAUACCAAAAUCAUCGACGGCGACAUCACAACGUCCAGUCCGACCAUGAUGUCCUACUCUACGACCACGACCGACGACGAGGACGGCCUGCACAUGGCGCGCCGACGCGCCUCCACCGUCUCGCCGCUCCUGCUGCGCCCGGAUCGGCUCUCGUCCGGGUCCGAGUCGUACUUCCCCAGCGGGGGGCUGCUCUCCCCGAGCGCCCGCGUCCCGCUGCAACGCCGGCGCUCGGAGCACCGGGCAAAGUCGCCCCUGUCGCUCGCGAGCCUGUCGCCGGCGAUGCCGGCCCGGGGCGUCUCGCAGGAGCACCACCGGCACCACCGUCACCACCACCAGCACCACCCGGCCGAGUGGGACUACUCGGAGACGGAGUGGUGGGGCUGGGUGGUGCUGUUCGUCACGUGGUUCGUCUUCGUCACGGGCAUGGGCUCCUGCCUGGGCGUCUGGAGCUGGGCCUGGGACGUCGGCACCACGCCCUACGCGCCGCCCGAGCUCGAGGACGACCCGACCUUGCCCAUCGUGGGCUACUACCCGGCCCUCAUCAUACUGACCUGCAUCAUGGCCUGGGUCUGGGUCGUGGUGGCGUGGAUGGGGAUGAAGUACUUUCGCCAUGCCAAGAUCAGCGGCGACUGAACUGGCUGUCGGUGGCCCGUUUUGCUUGCACAUAGAUAGCGGUAGUCGAGCAAG